AUGCUCCUACUUAUCCUCUCCACGGCCCUGCUUGUGAACCUUACUUUUGUAUUCUCCGGUUGUGACGCCGAAGCGGUUGCUAAGAUCCUACGUGGGCAAUCUGUCAAUGAGCCCCAAGCCGGUGGUAGCUCCGUGUCGGAAGGCACUUGUAGUGGCAAGAGCCUUGGCACCUACUCAUGGGAUCAAUCCUUCUGGCGGGCUGGCAACCGGGAUCUCCUCGAUUUUCUCGAGUCCGACAUUGGCAUGGCCUGGAACUGUGGUGAUGUAUAUAUCAACGUUGCUGACUACUCCAACUGGAAGGGCAUCGUCGAACCUGACAACUUGGUGAAGUUUGCGCGAGCAUUUCGUCAGUUGCCCGGAGCCGGCUCGAGGGUCCUCUGGAUGACCUACGGCGAUGUGGUUGAGCGUAACGGUGAGAAAAUGGUCGAAUUUGUGGCGACCUUCGAAGAGUGGCUACGGGACUAUGUCGGUUCUUCUGUGAUUCGGGAGAUCAUGCCCAUCGGUUUGAGCUACGACGUAGAGCAUGUGGACCCGAAGCUCGUCCGGGAAGCUCUCGUCGAGGCCAACAACAUGAAGGGUCGAUUGACUGCCCAGUUGGGAUACCCCUCUGGCUCGGUACUCCUACAAGCUACUAUUCAAGGCGCUGAGGACGAGGAAGGCACACGUUACGUCAUGGAGCAUGCCGACUCGGCGCUCAUGAUGCUUUAUCGUAAUUACAUCAUUGACCCGAACGGCAAGUAA